AAAAGAUGGGUUGUAAUGUGGGGUCAAGCAUGCUUUGGUUGAAAAAUCAAUACUUACAGAGAGAUAGUACUUCUUUUUUCGAUCCUAUCAGGCCUAAAUGUCCAGGAGCCUUUGUGAGAGAUUUUGAUACCUGACAGUUGCUUGUUUCAUGUUGUUUCCAGGAAAGCUACGAAGGACGCGGCAACUAACCAUAGCUAUCCUUUGCAACCCAAGACGUUUGAAGGUACUUCGAUGUGUGCAAGCUCGCCAUACGUUUGACAGUGAAAUUUGCUCGGAAGUCUAAAAUCCUAGCCUCUAACAGGGGACACACCAAGAUUUACUUUGGUUUACAGAGCUUUCAUUUCUUGGUGUUUUCCUGGAUUCUAGGGUUUCAAGCUUUGUCACCGAAAUGGAGGACCCACAAAUCUGUGAACACAUGCCACUUGAGAGGGCUACGCCAGAUUCUUGGACUUUCCACUAUUGGAUUGUCGAAAUGCAAAACACCUCGGGUGUAUCACCUCGCCUCCGCCCAAUGACCCAAACAGGACAGACAGACAGUUCACUGUUGAACUGGCUGAGAGGCAAGUACCGAUUGGCCGGGCCCCUGAUGGUGACGCAAAAUCAAAUGAAUAUAUUCACACCAAGAUAAGCCAUAUAGAGUAUGAUGGCGAAAAUUUCGUACCAAAAGAACAAAAAAGACAUUACCGGGCUGCGUAACAUGACAGAGCAAGGCAUUCACCUGAUUAAGUGAGCAGGAGGACUCUUUCAACCCACGCUCUCACGCAGAAAUCACCAGACUUCCUCCUGCUCCAGCAAAUUGGAAUUGAACAGUGCCCCUCUGAAACCUCUCCACCAGGUCAGUAGGAGACCUGGAGCGUGUCCCUGGGCACAUGAAAGUGAUUUCAGAAUAGAUGGGAAACUGCAAGAAGUGAAGGGUGAUAUGGGUGGGGAGAUUGGAGUGCAAGUACUUGUAACAGCAUGUUAAAAGGAAUGUAUCUACUUGGGAUGCAUUCUCUGGGGAUGGUUUGCACCUCCGACGGAUGAUGUUCGUAGAGAAAGAGCACUGCCACUACCUCGCAUCCUAGAUCCAAAAUGGUUCAAUCUCAGGUUGGCUCUUAGGACUAGACUAUUCCAGGAUGUUUUUUGCUGCUUGACUAUUGCUUUGUCAUGAUCAACAGAUGCUGGAUGUCAACGACCAUGAAUGAACACAAUGUUGCUUGAUUCAUGCCCAAGUGAUCGGGCCACUUGUAUUUUGGAAGUUUGAUAGCUUGGCUGAGCCACGUUGAUGGACGAUCAGUUGUGUAUCAACGUUGGACUCAUAAACACACAAGAGUUCACUUCAGAGAUACCCGAAGAACAACUGUUUUAUUGAACUUGCCCUGUGUAUAUAUAAUAGAAUAUUACUGUAUAUAUGUAUGGCCACCAUCAACCGCAAUCCACCUAUGUUCUUCAACAAUUGCUUGACCGUCACGGGCGCAGAAGACCAUCCAGGUAGCGGCGGCUGUGGCGCACGUGCGGAAGGAGGAGAAGCUGUCGGAGAUGCCUUUGCUGGCGAUGGGCGCAUCCUCUGGGGGCGCCUUCGUGGGGCUGCUACCCAGUCUGGAUGCUUCCAGUGGGAUCGGCAAACUGGCAUGCAUCGUGCCGGAGAUCAUGGGAGUGAACACAGACGUCAAUGAACAUGUUCCCACGCUCUUCAUCCAUAUGCCGAGGACCUCACCGUGCGGAAGGUGCGCACCGGCGAGCUCCGUGCCUCGGAGACGUCGCGGACGAGAGACGCACGACGCGAGCGUUUCCGGACGAGGUGCCGAGCCACAGAAGGUCUCCGCGCAGUUCCUCACGAAAUGUUUGAAAGAGGACCAGGCCCAACGGUUGUCCAAAGCCUUCCAGGAGCAGCACCUGGUGGAUUCGCAGGGCUUCCUCCGGGAAGAUCCCAGGCACCGCCGCUGGAUCGCCACUGCGGAGUCCGUGCUGGGCUUCGAUGCUCCGGAUUCGCUGGUGGCGGAUGAGAGCUGUUUGGCCGAAGUGAUGAACGUGGCUUGGGCCAAGCAUGAGUUCACAGCUCAGUUCGCUGAAGAGAUCUUUGACUUCUGCGAAGGAAAGGAGUUAAAGCUUGCACAGAUGGCCCCUGGCUGGAAGACCGAGUUGGGACCAAUUGAGGUCUUUGAAUUUGGUCCCAAGCAGGGGCCAUUGGCCGUGGCCAUCCACGGCAUGGCCAAGAGCAUGCUUCAUGAAUGGGACCACACGGCCAAAGCUUUGGCAGAGGAGGGCUAUCAUGUCUUGCUUCCCAACUUCCAUUCGAUGUUGAACGGUCUCACGCCCGGGACGAUCUCCAGCGACUCUGUGAGUAUCGUGGUGAAAGACUUGAUGCGGCAGAGCAGUAACAAUGGCAUCAGUAUGCUGCUGGGGAAAUCUUGGGGAGGCGGCAUGGCAUCGAAGAUCUCCCAAGACACGGCCUUGAAGGUGCAGAAGAUGGUCUUAGUGGCGCCAGCUGAGCUGAAUCCAUGGCCUGAGACUUGCGCUGUGGCACUCUUUUGGGCAGAGGAUGAUGCAGUGGUGCCGAUCCGGAAGGCGGAAACGCAUCCAGAACUGCAGCAGAAGCUCACACUCUUCCACAAGGAGAAAACAGGUGGCCACCGAGUGCUGGACGCCUAUGUUCCACUCAUCCGCCACUUCUCACACCAGCGAGCAGAGGCUCACAAGGUCGAGCUGCUGCAAAAGGAGGAGUCUGCCAAGAGGAGCGCCUGGAAUGGCCUCCACACGAGCUUCAAGGUCAGUUUGAUCGGUUUGCUGGGCCUUGCGGUGCCUGGCUAUUUCCUCUACAGGCGAAGAGGUGAGAAGGAUGCGCGUGGAAAGCGUUUGGAUGCAGCGAAGGAGUAGGUGCAAACUCGUUGGGAACGGACAGGUCAACGACCAACGGCGUACCUCAAUAAAGUUGCUCCAGUUAUGACCAGCCAAAAAUACUGAGUUGGACCAUGUUGGAUCUACUUGUUGAUUGUUUUUUGGCUGUUUGUUUAAAAACAGUAUGCAUGUGUAUUGUUUUGGAGGCAAAUGAUGUAGUCAUAGAUCAACUGCAGAAGAUAAAAGGGGCUUAUGGAUUUUGAUGUUGGGACAUGUUUGAGGUUUGUCAGCGGGGUAGAACACGUUGUCUCAGCACAAUCUGGUUAGUUUUCAUACCUGCCCUCAAAAGCCAGCCUGGCCAGGUUGCUUUCGAUUUGUUCCAUGCGGGCAGAGCCGCCCGAGCGGUGCAAAGACACCCAGCGGCCGCUUCCGCAGUUGGUUCACAGGUGUUGAAAAGAAGUGCAGCGCGGC